CAACAAAUUUCACCUCCUUUGUUAUUUCUCAACACACACACACACACACACACACACAUAUGUAUAUAUACAUAUAACAGACUAUUCCCUUUAUUAAUCAUCCUUAUUCUGUUUAUAGUUUUAUCUUAUACUACUACUUAAUCACCAAUUUCUUAAGGAAAAGAUGGGUCGGAUUCCUUGUUGCGAGAAGGACAACGUGAAAAGGGGACAAUGGACCCCCGAGGAAGAUAACAAGCUCUCUUCUUACAUUGCUCAACAUGGCACUCGUAACUGGCGCCUUAUCCCCAAGAAUGCUGGUCUCGAAAGAUGUGGGAAGAGCUGCAGGCUGCGUUGGACCAACUACCUUAGGCCAGACCUUAAGCACGGCCAGUUCUCCGACGCAGAAGAGCAAACUAUCGUCAAGCUUCACUCCAUCGUUGGCAAUAGAUGGUCAAUAAUUGCUGCCCAAUUGCCCGGCCGCACAGACAACGAUGUCAAAAACCAUUGGAACACAAAGCUGAAGAAGAAGCUUUCUGGCAUGGGAAUCGAUCCAGUCACUCACAAACCAUUUUCCCACCUCAUGGCAGAGAUCGCCACCACGCUGGAACCCCCACAGGUGGCUCAUCUCGCAGAAGCAGCACUCGGCUGCUUCAAAGAUGAAAUGUUACACAUCCUUACCAAGAGAAGAAUUGAUUUUGUUGAUCAUCAGCUGCACCACCAGUCUAAUAAUGUAUCCAAAAUAGGAAGCACUAGUAAGCAGGAAGAUGAGUCGACCAUUGAGAAUGUCAAAGUUGGCUCGUCAAGGCGGACCAUGGCCAUGCAUGAACCCGAUCAUAUGUUGCCCCCAAACAAGCUUUGGGACUCGACUAUAGCUGGUGGGUCAAUUUUCGCAAAUUUUGUAGGCCACUCAUGCAGCGCAUUCUUUCCCUACUCUGAUUCUGGUUUUCAGUAUGAACCAUCGUCGUUUAGCAAUGAAAUAAGGGAAGAUGGAUCGUCAUGGAACCAGAGUAUGUGUAAAUAUACUGGAAGCACUACAGCAGGCGUGGCUGAUGCUGGGGAUCGGCAUCAUGGCCGUCCGUUUCCUGAAAAACAAGAAGAAAAUGGAGGUCAUGAUCAUGAUCAGUCGGAGUCGGGGGCUGGGGCUGGGGCUGGGAAAGAGAUUAGAGGGGAUGAAGCUCCAAUCAUAUUUAACACAGAAAACGUCUUAUGGGUUUUACCUUCUGAUCAUGACUUAAUGCAUAUCCAGUAGUACUCUAGUUAAUAAAUCAACACAAUUAUACUAUACAAAAGUAUUGAGUAGUGAAUUAAGUUUGAUGUAGCAACAAUAAUCAUAUAUGAAAAUGUAAAUAAAGCUCGUCUUAAUUACAAACUAUCACUGGAAAAGAAUAAUAAUUUAUUAAUACAUUAAUUUUUUUUAAUGCUAUAUCAAUUUCAA